AUGGCGACGGCGCUGUUCUUGGAUGCAGCAGCCGCUGCAAUGCCUUUCUUCUACAAUUACUGUACAUUUAAGCUAUUUUUCAAAAUCAGUCGUUUAGGAAGUGCGGCGAACCUUUCUGUGGUCAACUUCAGGCCAUAUGUGCAAAAAAGGGGGAAGGGAAGGGGGAAAAAAAAGACGAGGCAUUUGCAUGCGUAUGGAAAGGAGUAUGGAAGGGAAAGACAAAAUAUGAGAAGUAAUAACAAAAAAGAAGCAUACGGAGUCGGAUUACUUGCUUCUUUUUUAUGCCCGUUCUUCACGCAUUUCCCGCGCUUGUUCACCUGCGCCAGCACGAACCAUCACUUUGAAUCUCAUCGUGGGCUCUUCAUGGAGUUUGCCAUUUCUGCAUCAAUGCGUUAUCUUAACUUUACCUUAUGCGGGUAUCAUGGUAGAAAGGUAGCUGGAUCAAAGCGUAGGGGGUACUAUAAUUAA